AUGUCUACUCCCGUCGAUAACAAGGCCGACGACCUCUCUCCCACUGAGCUCGCUACUCUCCGCCGCAAGAAGAAUGCCGAUGCCCAGGCUGCCUUUCGCUCUCGCCGCGCCAACUACAUUGCCAAUCUCGAGGAGACUGUCACCCGCCUCGAGUUUGUUGUCCGCCAGCUGCAGAACAACUGCCGAGAGGCCCGUGACAUGCUCGAGGAGACCAAGCAAGAGAACAUGGAGCUCCGAGCUACUAUCAACUCGAUGCGCCAGGCUGAACGGGAGCGGGAGCGAGUAUGGCGGGCGCUCAACAACCGCGGCAAUCCCCAGGCAACGCUCUCCGAUGCCUCGUCCGACACCGACGGCUCCCUCGUGACCGCCAACUGCCAGCAACAGCUCGGCAUGGUCCAGAUGGACAACUCUCUUAUCGACUACCAGGGCCGCGGCCUCACCUAUCCCCAGCCUGGUGAACUCUCGGUACACCAACUGCCGUCUCCGGCCGACACCAUGAACGCACUCCCCAGCUACGAUGCCUACGCAAACCAGAACAUCAUGCUUUCUGGUGCCAACUACCCGCUCUUCAACGAUAACCACCACGACGGCUCUGCCCAGUGGAAUGCUUCGAUGGGCGGAGGAAACGCCUAUUCGUCCAUGGAUGAUGAUUAUCAUCCGGAACUUGGUGACGAGAAUCAAAUGGAACGCAACACCAUGGUUCGCUUCCACAAUUCCCCCGGUGCUCUCACCACGUUCGACCCCAGCGUCGUGAACAUGCGCCACCCCAGCACACCCGCUUCCGCAUCUGACCAUGGAGCCUCGGAGGAAAUCGAGUCCAUGGACCCCCAGACACCACGUCGACUCACCCGCUCCCGCUCCCACCUUCGCCGCCAAUCGGGCAGCGAUCCCUAUCCUACCCCCUCCACCGGCGGCUCCAGCGAAUCCCGCCGCGAACGCCGCCGUGCCCGCGACGACAGCCCCGAUGGUCCUGCCUUCUCCGACACCUUGGCUGUUAUCAAAGCCCAAGCCUUUGGCACCGCACGCAAAACCCGUACCCGCGCCAACCGAGGUGUAUCGGAGCACGCCGCUCGAGUUGCAAUGGAAGUUCUCGAAGCCCGUGGGUUGUCCCUGGGUGUAUCACUUGACGGUGCAGUAGACCGACGACGAAGACGGAGCACGAGGGGUGUAGCCGACGAAGAUUGA